AUGUUCCGAAUUUUCGUAGCAAUACGAGUUAUUGCAUGUUUGCAAGCUGAGAAGUCUGAAGUAGUGAUUAGGAAAAUAAAUCUUGCAGUUGAUACAAGGAACCGAUGCUCAGUAACCACUUUCAGUAUGAAUGCAGCAAAUCCGUGGGAGGUGUCGGUGGCAGAACACCAAGCAAAUAGCGCUCAGUUUGCAUCUCUGUAUCCUCAGAAUGGUCGAAUCGACGGGAAUACUGCACGAAAUGUGCUUAUGAAAAGCAAUUUACCGCCACAACUCCUAGCACAGAUAUGGGCCUUGGCAGACACAAAUCAUGACGGCAUGCUUGAUGUUCGGGAGUUCUCCAUCGCUAUGCGGCUUACACGAAACUGUCUCGCUGGCCUAACGUUACCUCCUACACUGCCUCCUUCGUUGAUGCAAGUACCUGCAGGAAGUGGUCCGCCACAGGUGAUGCCACAUAUGGGCGCAAUGCCGCAACCAAAUGCCAUGUUUGCUCCAGAUGCCUCAAAAAUCCUAUAUGGCGGAGUUCCGUUGCAACCAGCACCGCCUUCGUUUCCAGUCUAUCACACCGCUCCACCAGGAAUGUUGGGAAGGCGACCGUCGCAACCGCAAAACGGGGGGAGUACACCUAAUCUGACACAAGGAAAACAGUGCGGAAAUUGGGCUAUCCCUCAUCAAGCAAAACUCAGAUAUAGUCAACAAUUCAAUCAACACGAUAAGCAACGUCUCGGAUUUCUCACGGGUGCAGCUGGGCGCAGUGCUCUCGGUAUGAGCGGUCUUCCAACGACAGCACUUGCUCAUAUAUGGACACUUUCUGAUGUGAAUAAGGAUGGGAAACUUACGGUCGACGAGUUUUGUAUAGCGAUGCACUUAAUAGAUAUGUUCAAAGCUGGUUACGCACUACCAGAUCAAACUCCUCCGGAAUUGGUACAGAUUUGUGGACUGUCAAGAUCAGCAAAUAAUAGUCCACAGCUGGAACCUGGAGCUCCACCGGCCCAGAAGAGUCCGGCACCAAAAACUUUCGAAGACAAACGUAUGGAUAAUUUUGCCAGAGGACAAGCUGAAUUAGAGCGAAGGCGACAAGUUUUGAUGGAGGAGGAGAACCGCCGCCGCGCUGAAAUCGAAAAACGCGAGCGAGAAGAGGCGGAAAGGAAGGAAAGGGAACGGAUAGAGAAAGAAAGACAAAGAGAAAUUGAGCGGCAGGCGGAAUUGGAACGUCUCCGACAAUUGGAAGAAGCACGUAUAGAGCAAGAAAUGAAACGUCAGGCAGAGCGUGAAGCAGCUCGCAAAGAAGCUGAGCGCCAAAGGCAGGCAGAAGCAGAGAAGAUGAGACUAAAAGAAAUGCAGGCUCAAAAGCAACGAGAAGCAGAGUUGACGGCACAACGCCAACAGCGCCAGAAGACGCUGACUUUCCAGCUUCAAGCAUUGAGCGAAAAGGCUACGGACACAGAUUCUACCAUAACAAAGGCUCGUGAUCGUAUAGGAGAGAUAACUCAUGAAAUUGAAGGAAUGAGAGAUCAGCGAGACGAGAAAAUGCGCCGCAUAACAGAAUUGCAAACGAAUAAUCAGCAGCUCAGCGUGCAAGCUCAAGAACUGGCUCAUCAGUUAUUGCAAUUACAAAGCGCGAACAAAGAAACAGUGACUAGAAAAGCGGAACUUGAAGAGCUCAGAAAGCGAAGAGAUGCAGCGAAGAUCAUAGUUGCCGAGGCAGCUGCGCAUCUGGAAGCGACCCGUUCAAGAACUGCUGCUCAGAUGGCGGAAGUAGAGUUGAAGACGAAGGAAUAUGAUGCGGCGCGUACUGACCUAGUUGGGGCUCGUGAUGAUUAUCGAAAAGUUUUAAGCAAGUUGACGGAAUUGCAAACACAGGCCCGUUCAAAGCUAUCCGAAAUAGAUGAGAUGAAAGCAAGACUCGCAGCGGAAGCAAAAGUGAAGGAAGAGGCUGAACGGGACCAGGAAUGUAAGAGAAGAGCUGCAGAAGAAGCUGCUAACAACGUGCAGGCUCAAGCGUUCGGAGAGGUGUUUUCUGCACAGAUGGCAACAACGACGGCAACUACACCACCUCAAGCGGUACCUGCGCAGAAUUCUGUGCCUGUCGUCAAGCAAGAUUCCGUUUCGGGAAACAGUUUGCCGUUAGCGAACGCUUGCGGAACGACGAAAUAUCGAGCUCUAUUUGAAUUCAACGCGCGAAGCGGUGAUGAACUGAGUUUUCAACCCGGCGACGUUAUUUUGGUUUUUGAGUCACACGCAGCUGAACCUGGAUGGAAAGCUGGACAAAUCAGAGAUAAAGUUGGUUGGUUUCCAGAAGCCUUUGCCGAACCGAUAGCUCCAGUUUGUUCGGCUGUAUCUCAGCCCAUCCAGAACAUGCCCCCAAAUGUGACGCCAUCGCCAUCAUUGGAUAGAAUUCCAGAAGAAGCAGCAGUGAAGUCGGUUUCAUCGCCGAAAGAAGCAGUACCAUCAGGAGCAGUAACCGUCAUCUGCAAAUGUGUUGCACAGUUUCCAUGGAAAGCACGCAAUGAGGGCGAUUUGUCCUUUUCAAAGGGCGACUCGAUUGAGAUAAUUGAACAGCAAGAGAUGAAAUGGCGCGGACGCAAAGCCGACGGAUCCGUUGGAUGGUUUCCGAAGAGUUAUGUAAGAGUAGUCAAUCAGGUAACUGUCUCACCAUCGCAGUCUUCUUCAUCCACACAGUCAUUUGAUCAGGUUACUCCGGUUGCUAGUUCACCUAACUCAGCAACGCCCGUUGCAAAGAACUCUACUGGAAGUGGAAGCAAUUCGCGGCAGAUGUCACAGUCUAGCUCUUCUCAACGUGUAAACAUCCCACAGUCUCAAUCAAAGCAUUCAAUCACAUCCCAGUCUUCUAAAGUAAUCUCUACGGAGCCGUAUGAUGCAGUCAUCGAAUGGUAUGUGGCGAUGUUCGACUUUGAAGCGGUUGAACCGACCGAUCUGUCAUUGAAGGUUGGGGAUCGCAUCAUGGUGCUCGAGCGAAAGGACGACUGGUGGAGAGGACGAUGUAAUGGUCGUGAAGGAAUUUUCCCAGCGAACUACGUUCAGAAAUGUGAAACCCCAAGCGGUGCGACUAUUCCAAUUCUAUGUCGUGCAAGAGCACUUGCUGACUUUGAAGCCACAGCCUCAAACCAGUUGAGUCUUAAAGCUGGUGACGUGGUUGCUGUACGUGAAAAGAGUUCAACCGGAUGGUGGGAAGGUGAACUGGUGCGUAAUGAACAAACAUGUGCUGGAUGGUUCCCCGGUGAUUAUGUCACUCCUAUCCCGGCAGAGAGUGUUAACCAGAACACUGCAACAGCUUUGUUCGACUACGAAGCAGGACAAUCCGACGAGUUGUCCUUCAAAGCUGGUGACAUUAUCGUUAUUGUGGACAAAAAGGACGCCGAUUGGUGGGCGGGCCAUAAAGUAGAUACGCCAAACGUUCGCGGGCUGUUUCCUGCGAGUUAUGUACAGAUGAGAAACAACUACGCAGAGCGCCAAGCAAUAAUUCCGGAGCGAACGUCCGUGCAAUCGCACUACGAGUUGCCGCCCACCGAGGAAGAACUCAUGGAGAACGACGCAUAUUACGAACUACCUCCGGGGCCGUCUUCAUCAAGUCAAUACUACGACUUUCCACCCCCUCAAGAAGAAAACACGGCCCAAUUCAGUAACCUCGCCAAGGAACUGCUGUCUACCGAAGAGAGAUAUCUUGGUGAUCUUCUUCUGGCAAAGAAGCUCUUCUAUGACAACUUGAUGAAACUCCCAUAUCGUAGCGAAGUGGAGACAAUAUUUCGUCACUGGGACCAGCUUGCCGAUGUUUCCAGAAAGAUAUAUGUACGACUAAAAAAGUGCGACUCGCCAGGACAGGUGUUUAUUUCCGAGAUCGACUCGCUGUCAGUAUUCGUAGCAUACUGUAGCCAUCAACAGCUGGCCUUAGACACCCUGAAUCAGUUGAUAAGCGCACAUCCAGAUGCUCAUAAGCUGUACACAAAAUGCACUUCAAGUGUGGCAGCUCGUGGAAUGAGUCUGAAUACGUUCUUGUUAAUGCCGUUAGGACGAGUUACUCGGUACCCACUAUUGAUCGAGAAAAUCCUAAAGGAAUGCGAUCCAAAUGGUGAAUUAUACCAGGAUCUUGACACGGCUCUACAACUGUUGCGUGCACUUGUGUCUGAGGUGAACAGGGCCGUUACUGAGGAGGAGAACAUUUUUCUUCUAUGCUGGGCACAAUCACAUGUGAAAUGUCCGCCAUCUCUGAAGGUGGAAUUCACCUCGAACACAAGAUUAUUGGGUAUGAGGUCUUUUCUUCACUCUGGUGUUUUAUACAAACUACGCAGUGGACGUCUCCUAGUUGGGCUUCUCUUUAACGACUUCCUUCUGCUCACUACGCCGGACGAUUCCUUAGCUGAGCCAAGCUCGUUCAAAGUCUCGAAAUCAACAGAAGCACGUUUUACUCUUUAUAAACAACCAUUGUUGUUGUCGAAUCUAAAGGUGUUACCGUCGAAUGAAGAAUCUACACUAAACCUCAAGCACGGCAACGAUACAAUCUCGUUCCGCUGCGUCAACAGCAAUGCACGUCGUUUAUGGACAAGUCAGCUAGAACAAGCGAUCGAUUUAUACGCAAUUACAAUAUCCGAACAAGAACAUGGAAAGAAAAUUUCCAUGGACAAAAGAAUUAUUGGUCGAUUGUUGGUUGAAAUUAUGAACAUCCAAAAUAUUAACCCAAAGACACUAAAUACAAUUCCGCAAGUUAUACGCCUUUCUCUCGGGAAAAGCCACGAAAUGUUUGACGUUGAUCUCUCGAAAAAUAGAAAUGACUUACAUCUCACCUCACAGUUCCCUUUCGAACAUACCUCGCUUAACUUCACUGUUACACUACUGCACAAAAACAUCUAUCGGCCCGAUGUGCCAUUGUUAGAAGGAAACGUCGAUCUAGUCGACUUACUCAGGGAGUCAUCCAAUCAUCGCGGACCCUUGAUAAAACGAAUAUUCUUAAGAAAAGAUAUCAUCGAUAAAACGAAACCGGUCGAAACAAUUGUUGUGAAAUUCGUUGUGCAAAUGUUUGAUGAUAAUAUGUGA